AUACCGGAGCAAAAUAACAAACUUAACAAUCCUUUUAUAAAACCUCUUCUUCCUUCUUCAACUUUCCCUCUCAAGACACUAACUUCUCAAUAUUCUUUCUCUCUCCCUCUCUCUACAGCGCUCAUCUUCAUCGGAAGAUGCCUCAAGUGGAUUUGGAAACUUUAGUCUCGGCUUGUGCCGGCGGCGGAGGCUCUAUGGAUCGGAAAAUAGCCUGCGAGACACUUGCCGACACCGGCGAAAAGCCUCCGGCGCAAGACUCUGGUGAACCUGAAGUACCUCCGGAUUUUCCUCCGGAGUCUUUUUGGCUCUCGAAGGAUGCGGAGUAUGACUGGUUCGAUCGGAAUGUUUUCUACGAGCGAAAAGAAUCGCAGAAAGGAAAUUCACACUCGACGAACCUGAAUCCGAAUUUGAAUCCGGGAUCGAACUCGAACUCGAACUCGCAGCGAUUCUCCAUGAAUUUGAAGUCGAAGGCGGCGAUUAUCGGUCUUCCGAAGCCUCAGAAGACGCAUUUUGUCGAAGCCAAAAAUCGAAAGAACUGUAAAGCCGGGAACACGAGGCUUUUCCCGAAGCGAUCUGGAUCGACCGGGAAAUCGGACGGCCCGAUGAUCGAACCGUCGUCGCCUAAGGUCUCGUGUAUGGGACGUGUGAGAUCGAAGAGGGACCGGAAGCGUCGCUGGAAGAAGAAUCGCCAAAGAUCGCAGAGAUCUUCCGAACCGGCCGUGGAGAAGGUCAAGCCGGUCGAGAGACGGAAAACCGGAUUCUUCGCGACUUUCCGCGCCAUGUUCAGAACUGGUUGCCGAGAAAAAACAGACGACGGAAGCUGGAGGCCAAUUCCGACCUCCGGCUCUCCAUCGCGGGAGAGCGAAUCGACGAGAAAUCGCGAUUUCUCGGGGGUUGAUAUCGACGCGCCAUCUUUCGAGUCGCAUCCGAGGCGGAGUGUUGAAAUCGACGCCCCCGGUUUGGGCGGUAUGAACCGGUUCUCGUCUGGCAGAAGAUCUAGUUCUUGGGUCGGUGAUUCUUCCGGCAUCCACGUGGCGUAAUCAGAUUUGUUGAAAAUAGUUUACAUGCGGCGGCGAUGGCGCGGGCCGGUGGGACCCGUUGGAGCCAGGGUAGUUGAAAGAUGGUCGUGAUUGGCAGUCUGUGUGGGACCCGCUUCCAUUUUAAAUUCUCGUUAGGUGACGUGGCACGUUCAAUUGACGGUUUACCCACGCUUUCAUUAACGGUAAAAAGAAACUAAGAUUCCAACGUUUACGUUUACGUUUCCAUCAUUUUUUUUAAUUUCUUUUUUAAAUAUAAAUCAAGAGCUUUGUAAAUAGGAUAAAUGUUUUUGUUCGAGUGCACAGUUGUAAAUUUUCUAUUUUUUAAUAAAUAAUCUUGUAAUUUUCAGAUUUUGAGAAUUGGACGAAAGGAAUAUUUUGCAUACAAAA